AGCACAAAGAUCUACAUCAUUGAUUUAAAAAUAUAUCAUUUUUAAUCACACAAUAGGACAUCCAGAAGUUUAUUUUUUCUAAUUCAAAAAUCUAACAUUUACCAUUGAACUGUGAAACAUACAAGUGAAUCAUGCAAAGUUGGACAUUUGUAUUCCAAUAUAAAAAUAUUUUUAUUAGAAUCUGCAUCCAAGAGGAAAAUAAUUUCAGAAGUGGGUUUUCCCCUUUAUUGCUUAAAUAAAACAACCCUUAAGUAGGUCUAUGAAGACCUUGUACACAUUUUGCAGUUCAACUUUACAUGACAGCGCCUUGCACUAGAGGGCGCUAUUUCUCCUUGUAUAACAAUGCUGAUUAUCAACAAUCUAUAGCCAAAAAGAAAAAAAAAGAAAAAUUAAAAGAUCUUGGAAAAAAUGAUUGAAAAAACAGUUUGUGACCUAAUAAACUGGCUAACUUAUUAAGGUUUUAUAAACAUGUCAGUGAAAAUAAAUUAACCAAAAUGAAUUUUAAAAUGUCCUUUCUAACUUUUUGUUGAAGUUUACAUUUUUGUUGACGCCAAAUAGUUCUGCUUUUUAAGCAGAAUGAAGGUAUUUAUGGUCCUAUGGAAGAGGGCCAAGCCUGAUGGGUCAUCAAGUUGAGCCCAGCUUUCCAGGAGAGGCGGGCUGAUCCAGGAGGAGCCAACUCUUUCCAGCUAAAGAUCUCCACGGAGGAUCGCGGUACCACGUCUGCAGAGGAAGAGAGGGGAAAGAGGGGAGCAGACCAAGGAGGACAGGAGAAGCUUCGAUCGAUCCGUGGGAACAGUGGGCUGCAACAUCUGGAGCGAAGCUCAGGCAGAUUUUGGACACUAAAAAAACAUCGGAAGCUUGCAACUCAAAGCUCACCCACCCCUCCUAUCAACUUCCUGCCUCCUACAAACAGCCCGUAUUCUCUCAAACGCCAGAAGAAUGCAAAGAGUGGACCAAAACAUCAAGUGGAUUAAAUAAACUCCGCCAAGACGCGUGACUUUCUGAAGGCCACGUUUGCGCCAAGCGCCGAAAACAAGAUUCCGGGAAUCAGUUGGUGACAUAUUAUGUUCUGACAACAAAUAAAACUUCAGUCCCAGCUUUUUAAAAAAGACUUCUGCCAAGUUUUGGACAGUUUUUUGCGAGUGAACUGAUGGAGCCAAAGCUAUCGGUCCGCCUGCUGCUGCCGCUGGCGGUGGCGGCGUUUGCGCUGAGGGCGCACGGAGCCGGGGAGCUGCAGAUCAAGCCGGAGUCGUGGCUUCAACAGUACGGCUACCUGCCUCCUGGAGAUUUGAGGACCCACGCCCUCCGCUCCCCCCAGUCCAUCUCCUCUGCCAUCGCCACCAUGCAGAAGUUCUACGGCCUCACGGUUACCGGCACCUUCGACGACAACACCAUUGAGGCCAUGAAGCGACCACGCUGUGGCGUGCCGGAUAAGUUUGGUGCUGAGCUGAAGAGCAACCUACGGAGGAGGAAGCGCUACGCCUACCAAGCUCUGAAGUGGCACAAGAAAGACAUCACCUUCUCCAUACAGAACUACACCCCGAAGGUGGGCGAGUACGAGACCCACCAGGCCAUCAGGAGGGCCUUCAAAGUUUGGGAGAGAGUCACACCACUUCGCUUCCGGGAGAUCCCAUACAGCUACAUACGAGAUAAGGUGGAGAAGUUUGCCGACAUCAUGAUCUUUUUUGCGGAGGGUUUCCAUGGCGACAGCAGCCCGUUUGAUGGUGAGGGCGGUUUUCUGGCACACGCCUAUUUUCCCAGCGACGGGAUCGGGGGAGACACCCAUUUUGAUGCAGCUGAGCCGUGGACGAUAGGAAACAAAGAUCUGUCCGGUAAUGACGUCUUCCUUGUAGCGGUGCAUGAACUUGGGCAUGCGCUGGGUCUGGAGCACUCCAAUGACCCCUCUGCCAUCAUGGCUCCCUUCUAUCAGUGGAUGGACACGGAAAACUUCCAACUUCCUGAAGAUGAUCGCAGAGGCAUCCAGCAAAUUUAUGGCUCUGGGUCAGACUUUCCACCUCCACCCGUAACGCCACAAACUCCCGACCUGGACCCUCAGCCCACCUACUCACCCGACAAGCCUCGCUUUGGCCCCAACAUCUGCGAUGGGCACUUUGACACCAUCGGCAUCUUCAGAGGAGAAAUGUUUGUGUUUAAGGAGAAUUGGUUCUGGCGAGUGCGGAACAACCGCGUGUUGGACGGAUACCCUAUGCCUAUUGGUCACUUUUGGAGGGGGCUGCCCACUCAUAUUAAUGCUGCUUUUGAAAGGGAAGAUGGCAAAUUUGUCUUUUUUAAAGGUGACCGAUACUGGGUCUUCAGUGAAUCUCUUCUAGACUCUGGUUACCCCAAAAAGCUGUCGGAAAUGGGCUCCGGACUUCCAGAGGAUCGCAUAGAUGCUGCUCUCUACUACACCCUCAACGGACAGACGUUUUUCUUCCGAGGGAACAAGUACUAUCGCUUUAAUGAAGGAUCCAGAAGUGUUGAUGAGGAGUAUCCCAAACCCAUCAGUAUGUGGCAGGGGGUACCUGAAAACAUCAAGGCAGCCUUCAUGAGCAAAGAUCAGGCAUACACAUAUUUUUACAAAAACAACAAGUACUGGAAGUACAACAGCCAGGUGAUGCGCGUGGAGCCCGGAUACCCCAAGUCAGCUCUUCGUGACUGGAUGGGCUGCCCCAACGAAGACCCCAAGACUGAUGGGGGAAGAGGGGGACACGACAAGGACAAGACGAGGGAGAAGGACCGGGAAGACAGCGACAGAACUCGAGACAGAGACAGAGAAAGAGAAAGGGAGAAGGAGAGGGACACAGAGACGGUGGCUGAUGUGGAUGUGACGAUCAUCGAGACCAGUCCGGGCAGCGGAGCGGCGGUCGUAGUCCUACCGUUAUUCCUGUUGGUGUGCGUCAUCGCCACGUUAGCGGUGUUGUUGUUUUUCCGCCGAUAUGGCACGCCACGUCGACUCCUGUAUUGCCAGAGAUCCCUACUAGACAAGGUAUAGACGGAAGUGAAGGGUGGAACAGGGGUGUAGCGACACAUUUUGACGAUUCAAUUCAUAUCAUACUUUGUGGUAUCGUUCAUUUUGAAGGAUCCGAUUCGACUUUAAAUCAAUCCAGGACAUCUUUAGCCAAAACUUCAAUGAUUUUAGCAACUUGCCUCAUACAGAUUGAUCUAUCGUAGGACUAUGAAUCGAUUCAUCAAUUACAUCGGUUAAUCGUUACACCCCUAGUAGGAAGGGAAGAGAGGAAAACGUGAGGGAAACGCCCUGAUGAGGGAGCAGGAGACGAGGAAAAGACCAAGGAAGCUGGAAAAGUGUUAAACUUAAUUACAAAACCUGUCAUUAACUCUCUGUCAGCCACUUUUUUUUCCUCUCCCUUUUUGGCCUCCUCUCCUGUGGUAACUGACGCCAGCUCCUUGCUGUUUGUUUUAGCCUUUUUCAAUGUCUCUUUUUUUUAUUGUUGUUUUUUUUAAAGCAAUUGUUAAGUGAAUUUCUGAUUCAUGUCUGAAGACAUUGCAGAGUCAGACUGUUUUGCUGAACUUUCGUCCUCACUAACUCAAACACUCACAAACAUGUAAACUGCAAAGUCACCAUGUUUCCCAAUCUUCCAGUAAAGCUGAAUGUUGGAGCCAGUUUGGACCAUAAAAGGGAAACAACCUUAUGAAACCCGAGAUGCACUCCUAUCAGAGCAAUAAACACAACUGUGUCUUUUCCUUUUUCACACUUUUUUGGUGUCAAAAAUGAUGUUGUCAUUAGUAUUAUGUUUGAUACUAUUAUUGUUGUUGUUGCAUUUUUUUAUACAAUGUCAUUAAAAGUCCUGCUGGACAGAGACAUAUAAAAGUGGCCUUAAUUUUAUAUUUGUGGGAACAGUGAACUGGGAUAAUGGUUUCUUGAAACUUGAUUACUUUUUUUUUGUUGUUGUUUGCUUUAAUUUUUGGAAACCUUGAAUCAAUCUAAAGUGAAAAUAAAACUGAUGAUCUUCAAAGGACUCUGUCAUUUUCAUUUAAUCAAGGGACAAUCAGGCAGUUCAACAAUGACAAUAAUACUAAAAAUGAUGAUAAUAAUGAUAAUCCUUUUUUUGUGUGCACGUUUUAUGCUUUUCCUACAAGAAUAAAGCAAUUUAAAAAAGG